GGAAGGGGACAAUAAUAAUCCGAAUGUCGCACGAACUGGGUUUUCAAAGGAAUUCGGUUUUGCAACCCCAGUGAGUGAGUGUGAGGAGGAUCAUCUUUUGUUUUGUUUGUUUGUAGGGGUUGGGAUUUUUGGGUCGAAGUGGUUUGAUCGCGAUCCUUACCCUUAUUAUUUCCGAAAUGGUGGUGGCUCGGAAGCAACAAUCGGUAUGGCGGGGAAUGGAGCUUUACGCUUGUAUUGCGUACGCGGUUCUAUUUGAAGUUUUUGUUUUCUGGCGCAGCUCUGCCACCUCCAGCGAGUACUCCAGUGGCGCCAAUGGAAGGUGGUUGUAUGGAUUGAAACCAGGCUGGAUUGCCGGGCGCCAGAUGGAUCUUUCCGACACUCAAUGGAGAAACUUUCGUUCCGGUUUGCCGGCUUUGACAGCAGUCAUGGCUGCCUUCUCAAUUCUGGGAGCAUGCCUAAGGACGAGUCUAGGCUUGAAGGGCAGAGGAAUGGCGAGGUUUUGGCUACUUGCCUCAUCAGUAUAUGUAAUCUAUUUGCACGGAAAUUGCGUUCUUUUCAUACUAGCAAUUGUUCUUGGUAAUUACAUCCUCACAAAGGCAUUGGCAGGAAAAGUAGUUUUUCCUUACCUUCUUUGGAUAUACAACCUCACAUUUCUUGUCAGCAACCGUCUGUACAGCGGUUAUAAAUUCGCAUCUUUUGGGGAGCAGUUCGCCUUCUUGGAUCAGCAUAGGGGUGCACUAAGAUGGCAUAUCAGCUUCAACAUGGUAAUGUUGCGAAUGGUUAGCUUUGGCCUCGACUAUCAUUGGGCGCAAAUUUCCCAACCUUCAACUAUCAAUUGGGAGAACCAUAUGCGGAAAUGUGAGCUUUGCACGCCUGGGAUAUCUGGAACUGAGGGGUCUUCUUGUUAUUUAUCACGACAAGAGAAGCCAGUGUCUGGAGCUCAGUAUAAUCUUGUCACUUACUUGGCGUAUCUGCUUUAUGCACCCUUGUAUAUUGCUGGACCUAUAAUCACCUUCAACGCUUUUGCCUCCCAGCUGGAAAACAUUCAGAAGGCUUACAGUAGAAAAGACAUUGCAAUUUAUGGGCUGCGUUGGCUUUUGUGCUUUCUGCUUAUUGAGUUUCUCACCCACCAUUGCUAUUUCAACGCCUUAGCGAUCAGUGGUGUUUGGCAAAGGUUAUCACCUCUUGAGAUUUUCAUUAUUGGAUAUGGAGUCCUGAACUUCAUGUGGCUCAAAUUCCUACUGAUUUGGCGUUUCUUCCGAUUUUGGGCCCUGAUCGAUGGAAUUGAAACCCUAGAAAAUAUGACCAAAUGCCUCAACAAUUGCUGUGACUUGGAAACAUUUUGGAAAAGUUGGCACGCUUCUUAUAAUCGCUAUCUUGUGAGAUACUUGUACAUUCCUCUUGGAGGAUCCCGAUGGAGGUUCCUCAAUGUGUGGAUCAUCUUUACUUUUGUGGCAAUCUGGCAUGAUCUUGAAUGGAGGCUUCUUUCAUGGGCGUGGGUGACGUGUGUACUCUGGGGUCCGGAGUUGCUAGUGAAAUCUCUUAUGCGCACACCUCAAAUGGCAAGCUUUAAGAAGACAAACGCUUACCGGGAGUGCCAUGCAUUAGCAGGGUCACUCAACAUCACCGGCCUCAUGCUCGCAAACCUUGUGGGCUUUGUGGUUGGUCCCGAUGGCAUGAAGCUAUUGGCUUCCCGUAUGCUAUCUCGUGAAAAUGUUCCACUUCUUCUCGCCAUUGUAUUCUCCUUCUACAUUGGAACGAAGCUCAUGCUUGCAAUCCACGACCAUGCAGAGAAGUCUCAAGAAAGUAAAAAGCAAGUUUCUUCUAGGAAACAACUCAUUGACUGAAGCUCGGAAUAGUUUAUCAAGGUUUCAGUUGGUAACCGUUUUGAGGCCUGAAUGGACGAGGAACUACAUCCAACUUACUACCUCGAAGGGAGGAUAAAACAAAGUUCACGCUGGACAAAACCAUACAGAAGUUUGAACAGAAUGGGCUCAGGGUCAUGACUUUUAGUUGUCCACUGUUGUCCCAUGAGUUGAGUUGCUAGUUGCUCGUAGUUUUUGCUUGAAUGAACUACCUCAUGAUUCUAAUCAUGAGGAUGCAGAUUACUGAUUUGUAAAGAUGAACUAAUUCCUUAAUGACGAUCUAUCCGAGACAUUUGCUAGUUUCAAGAAUAGCAGAUUAUUUUGUCAUGUAAA